AUGCCGGUACCCGCCCACUGCCCCCCGUCUCCAGACCUGCAUCCCUCCAAACGUGCCCGCCAAUCACCGCCUGACAAGGAAUCGCCGACCUCGCUGCCCUCGGGUGGCACAGCCUCGCCUACCAACGACCAACUCCAUGACGGUCCGCUGAGCUUGGAGCUGGCCCACGGUUCUGCUAUCGGCGCCGCGCCCGGCAGCGGGAGAAGCGCCAGUACGGCUGCCAAAAUUGGCCAGAGCAGCAACUUCAGGAAUGUGAGCGCCUGUAAUCGUUGCCGUUUGCGCAAGAACCGCUGCGACCAGAAGCUGCCGAGUUGUGCCAGCUGCGAGAAGGCUAGUGUCGCCUGCGUCGGCUACGAUCCCAUCACAAAGCGCGAAAUUCCUCGGAGUUACAUCUUUUAUCUCGAAAAGCGAGUGGAACAGCUCGAGGGCAUCUUGGCCGCCAACCAUAUUCCAUUUCCUCCUGCCGAUGACCUCGAUUACUGCUCCAAGGCGUCUUCCAAUGGGCCCCCUGGUAACCUGCGGCCACCCGUCGACCCGGGGAACGCGGCGCGCCCGGAAGGGCCGGAUACGGUUACGUGUGCCAGGGCAGCAGAAGGUAGCGGCGGCGACGGAUCGAACAAGCUACAGCGGAUCUCAUCAAAGCCCGGCCCGGCCUCUUCGGACAACCGAUAUCUCGGCUCCACAUCGGGCAUCUCAUUCGCGCGCGUUGUGUUUGCCGCUGUGCAAUCAUCCGUCUCCGACCAGAAGAGCAACUCCGAAAAGGGAGGGAUACGCCCCUCCAGACCUGCGAAUAGCAUCGGCGGCCAUGGUGCCGGGACUGCUGGCCAGACGACUUCAAUGCGUGAUUCUUUCUUUGGCUUGCACACCAAGCCGACUAGUCAUCCGGCUCACUUUCCCAAUAAAGCCCUCGGUCAGAAGCUGGUCAGGCUGUACUUCGAGCAUGCUAACCCCCAGAUUCCCGUCCUUCACAGAGUCGACUUCAUGAACAUGUUUGAGCGGGCCUAUCUUGAGGAGGGCCGCGUACGUGGGCCUCGCGAACUGUACUUUUUGAACAUGGUAUUUGCUAUCGGCGCCGGGAUUCUUGUCGGGGAUCCUAAGGGGGAGCCUCAAGGGGCCGAGCCGUCCGAUUCGUCAUCUGGGUCAAGGCAGUAUCAACCGGAAGCGUACCACGCCAGUGCCAUUGUUCACCUGGAGGCAUGCCUCGGGAGUGGCGGGCUGGAGGAUCUGCAAGCUGUCCUGCUGCUCGCCAAUUUUGCCCUCCUGCGGCCAGUGCCUCCUGGCCUAUGGUACAUUAUUGGUGUUGCUGUAAGACUAGCAGUUGAUUUAGGGCUUCAUUAUGAAGACCCUAAAGAGCUCGAAAAUGGCCAGUGGGAGUCGUCAGCCCUGCAAAAGCCUACGUUUGUCAGGGAGAAGGGCCGCCGGGAGUAUAUGCGCGAUAUGAGGCGACGACUCUGGUGGUGCACCUAUUCCCUUGACCGUCUUGUAAGCGUUUGUGUUGGUCGCCCGUUCGGUAUUUCGGACCACUUCAUCACGACGGAAUUUCCAUCGCUCCUAGAUGAUGAGUAUAUCACCCAUGAUGGAAUCAUUGAGCCCCCUUCUGAGAGGCGACUGCCAAGCUACAAGCUGGUUGCUCAACAUUAUUUCCGACUCCGGCUUCUGCAGUCGGAGAUCUUGCAAGUGUUGCAUUACCGCCAGGUCUUGAGCGCCAGGGCUGGUGGACAAAACUACCAAAAUCUUUAUAUGCCAACACUGCCUUCCGCUUUCCUUUCCAAGUUCGACUCGUUUCGGUCAUGGCGCAUUGACAUCGAUCGGAGGCUAUGGGAGUGGAAGAACACAGCUCCAAGGAAAGAAGACACGGGUGUUUCCUUCUCCACGGAGUUCCUAGAGCUCAACUAUUGGCAGGCUAUUAUCAUGCUCUACAGACAGAGCCUGAGUACGCCCACUGUCUUUGAAGGAGAAUAUGAUACGUCGAAGGAAGUGAACAACCCCACCAUGUACAACGUGGAGCCCUGUGAAGACGAAGACCGUGUCUAUCUCAAGAUUGCCGAGGCAGGCCAAAAGAUUCUGCGAUUGUAUCGCCAAUUGCAUCUGCAAGGCCUCGUCAAUCAUGCUUAUCUGACAACACACCACCUUUUUGUCGCUGGUAUUUCCUACCUCUAUGCCAUCUGGCAUUCUCCUAUUGUGAGGAGUCGCUUGACGAUGGAUGAAGUGGAUUUCACUGUUCUUGCAGCCACAUCUGUUUUCACCGAUUUUAUUGAUAAGUGUCCUCCUGCCGAGGCCUGUCGAGAUGCCUUUGACCGGACAGUAAAAGCCACCCUCAAGAUGGUUAAUGCAUCUGGUGGCUUUGGCCAGCAGUACCGUUCUGGGCACUGUAACACAGCGGGUUCUGACUCCCAGCACACCUUUGAGAAUGCUCGCCAGGAAUGGCACCCAAAGGCGGAUAACACUUCGUCGGCGGGUAGCAAACUUUCUCAUUCGAGCAACAAGCGCCCACGCCCUCAUCACUCAUUGGUUGACAAAAUGCCCGCCGUUACAAGCUCCGACGCCUAUUCCAACGCAUCUUCUUGCUUCAUUUCGUCAUUUUCCAGCAAACUUGGCGCCGGCUCAUACCUUUUAGCAGGACCACCAGCAGGCCCCUCAGUUAUCAAGACAGAGCCAGGUGCCUAUCAUUCUAGUGUUGUACGCAACUUCCCUCGCCCUCCACGCAGCACUGCCAGCUCUACGGACAAUCCUACCACCCCAGAAACUUCUAUCGAACAAUCUCCUAUGAUCACAUCUCCUUCUGUUUCUACAGUCACUGGUAUCCAACAACAGCAAGCCAUCAAUUCCCCCAUGAGUGGUGGUGCAACGCCAACUAACAACGACUUCCAUUCCCCUCGGCUGUCGCAUCAGCAACCGCCGAUGCAACAACAAUUCAGUCCCGCGCCCGCGGGGACACCCACGCGUGGUGCCAUGUCACUGAGCGAGCUACAGGGAUUGGAGUUCUUACAAAGUCUGAAUAACGCUGGGAGUGUUAACAGUGGAGCGAAUAGCAGCAGUGGUGCCAAUAAUAACAACGGCCUUAGCCCCAGCGGCUUGAUGGACGGUAUUGACUUCACCGGGCUGACGGCUGAGGCACAGAUGGAUCUUGGGUUUGGUCUUGCAUGGGAGGGAAUGCACCAUGAUUAUAGCGAGGGGCAGAGUCUCGAUCUCUUUGAUGGAUUUUUCUUUGGUGGUGGUGGGACGAUGUGA